AUGGCGAGAGAGAGCUUCUCCGUGGCCGCGGAGGCCCAGCGUCAGCGGGCUGCCCGAGUCACGCUGACAUCAGUUCAGUCAAAACAUCUCCGACAAGGUCAGAUUGAGCGGGAGGGCAGAGUAAUGUCACAGGAUCAUGGGGACAGCUUGGACCUCUGUGAUAACUCACCCAGAUCUGAAGCCCUCUCUGGACAAAGUCAAAACCUCAAUGAGACAAACUCUCUUGCACCAAAUCAAAAUCUGCCUCUUCCACAAAGUGAGGAUGGAGCGAUACCGGACAUCAUCCAUAAAAGCUCCCUAAACAACAAUGGAAAGGAAGAGGAGAAGACGGAAAAAGAGGGAUACACAGCAAAAAGCAGAGAUGAGGAAGAAGAUGCAGACGAGGUGAUGAAGGAAGAUGAGGAGGAGGAAUCUGAGGGGUCAAGUUGUAUGACUCGCUGUCAGUCUCCAGACACUCCUAUGACAGAUUCUUCAUAUUCUGAAACUGGUAGCCUGUUGGAGACUCCAUAUCCUUUCAGCCCUGGGACCAGUCCAGAGCCUACAUCCCCCGUUAUUCCAGAGGUGGUACUUCCCAUCAGUUCAUUAAAACUGAAUCAGAAUGAUGCCGAAGUAAACUCUCCUAUCUUCGUUGCUGGAUCAGGUGCCUCCACCUCAGGGUCCAUUAUGUGCACAGAUGGGUCCACCAUCAGCGCAGGACCUGUUCAUUUCACCACACAGACUCUGACCUCAGACACAACGCCUAGCAGCCCCACAGAGACUUCUGACAGAACAGCAAGAAACUCCUCUGCUGAGAAGCUUACCUCACCCACAGAGCCUGUCCCCAGCAGUGGGCCACCUUUUGCGCGAGGUUCUUCUAGUUCAGAUUCAGGACCUAACACGGGAGCUGCAGAGACAUUAACAUUAAGUGCACAAAAAAGACUCAACACUUCCACUCUUGCAGGUUUAACAAUGGAUCCCCAGUCCUUCGCCACAGGGUCUACUACAGAAAACACGGAAUUCACUCCCAACUCAUCGAAUAUAUCCUCAGAUCAGGAACAGAUUACCUCAGCUCCAGUGACCACUUGUGUCUCAGUCUCCACCUGCUCUACAGAGCCUAUUCCCAGCCCUACUCUCCUGGAGUCCCUCGAACAGCUGGUACAGAGAGGGGAUGACACCCACCUUCCACAGUACCUUCACCAGAUUGCUAAGGCCUUUGUCCUCCAUGAAGACUACCAGCGGGCAUUAUGCUUCAUCCAGCUAGAGAGACUCUAUCACCAGAGAGUUUUGGACAACCUGAAUGCACUUCAAGAGCAGUGGGAGAGUCAGUGUGGAAGGACACCCUCUAACGUGGCAACCCACCAUCUGGACACCCUUAAACAGAUCUGUCAGACACACACACGACCAAGGACAAGAGAUGCUGAGUGUGCGUCGCUGGAUCUGUUAAGACAAAAAAUUGAUAAAGGUGGUGAACAGAUUUCAUGUCCCUCAGCCCCUCAGGUUGAAGGAGGAAUGGAGCAUAGAGCUGAAGACUCCUUUAGUCAUGCCAUGCCUUCCAUUGAUGUGCUUCAAAGGCUCGACUCCCCUGAAAUAUCUGAAAAAGACAGAGGAGAGGACCCUAACAGACAACUGGAGGGGAAAGUCAUUUUCCAUGAACCUCAGCUGACUGAAGAGCGAAGCGAGAGCAGAGAGGGAGAACAGGUAGAGGAAGGCGUCGGAGGCACUGUUUCAGACACAGGAAAUGGACUGCACCCCUGUACAGCUGUGGUAAUGGACCAGUCCAAGCCUGCAGAGCAGCAGGGAGAGGAUUUAAGUUUAGUACGGGAGAAGGAGGCAAAAGGGGAAGAAAGAGAGAGCGACUUGGAGGAGGCGGCGGAGGCUUUGGAGAUGGAAGAAGAGGAAGCAGAAGAUGAGGGGGAAGAGACGCAGCAGGAAGGAGACUCCAGCUUUUGUCAGAAAGCUCUUCCAGUGGAGACUCUUUUCAGUGGGGCAGUGCUGGCGGAGAGCCCUAAAAGCUGCCAGUACGAGGAGGAACGCCCUCUUCAAGAGGCUCAUAUGAAGCAGGAGGUACAGGAGGAGGAGGGGGAGGAGGACUACGAAGUAGACCAGGCUGACCUCAUCAGAGAGGCUCCGUCACUGGACGAGAUGGCAAAACUCAUCACUGUUGAGGAGAUUUCCCCUGCCUCUGGCCUUGUCUCCAUAUUGAAGAAGCGGAGUGUUUCUGUGGACAGGACAAAUGUGUUGAGUGCAGAGCCUGCGCCUGAAAAAGCCACUGCCAAAAGACGUGUCCGCUUCAAAGUUCCUGAUGACAGCUAUGAGCACGAGGUUGGUGGUGGAGACUCCUGCCUGCUUCUCUUCCUUCUAUGUCUGGUCACUGUAGUGAUCAGUGUGGGGGGCACUGCCCUUUACUGUGCUGUCGGGGAUGCCCAGUCCUCCGUUUGUCAAGAUUUCUCCAGAAAUGCGGACUUCUACGUUGGUCAGCUACAUCGUGGCAUAUCACAGAUCCAGCACUGGCUAAACCUUGGCUCGUAGCAGAAAAAAAGAGUCACAGGCAAGAAGAUUCCUGCAGUUUUUGCUGCUGCUUCCAAUCCGUUUUGGGGUCAUGUCUCCAGUAAGUCUCUACAGCCCUGGCCUCCAUUUGAGUCAAUGACUGUUGAUUGUUGAACAUCUAUACAUGUCAGACACAGCUGGUACCUGGAAGCCUACUGAACUGCUUUUUUGAAAACUCUGUGAUUACAAUCACAAGGUAUAUUCAAAGUUGUGGGCCAUAUUUUCCCAUUAAAGCAACAAUUUGAAAUGGAAACCAGCACAGAAAGAGCGGCUUAAAAGUUCAAAUAGAGCUUUUUUUAGUUUCUGCAUAUGUCAGGCCUUUAUAAGACUUUUUUUUUUAAUUGCCAUUGUGUUACAGGAGUACUCAGUUGAAUUAAACGAGAUUGCUAUUAAUGUUAAAUUCUCUGGUUGAUAAAUCAACCAUGACUGUAUACCACAUACUCAGUGAUUUACACGGGAGUCCGGCUCCAUCUGUUGGAGAGGAAAGCGAAGUAACAACUGCAAAACAUGGAAAUAAAAUAAGAUAAAUAUAUAAAUUAAUGUAUAGUUUGUUAACGGAGGUGCACAAAUGGGAUAAAGUGUGUGUUUUGUCAAUGGCUGCAACAUCUGGAGUUGCUUUUAUUGUAGAUGGGUUUUUUUUAUGACAAAACUUAACUUGGUUGAGGGAGGUGCAUUCUUGUCUGUCUAUUACUUGGAAUGAAAUUGUUGUGUCAUAAUUGUGUCUUAAACUUUUAAAUGUUUGGAAGUUAAUUGGUAAUUACCGGUAAUUCAUAUGGGAAAUCUUUUUGUUGUCAGAUAUGUUGAAAGUGAUAUUUAGAUAUUUGUCAUGGGUGAGCAGCUAUUGCAUUACAAUCUCGUCAAGCAAGAUCUGUGAUUUGGAGGGCAGGACACAUUGUUUUAACAACUGUUUGCAGUGAAAAGAUGCUGAAGAGCUUCUCAUUGGGCCUACAGUACUCAUUUAACUCAGUGUUAUUCUCUAUGUAUUUCCAACAACAGGUUUACAGUGAGCUAACAUGGCCACUGCUGGAGACUAAAGUCUGAACAACCUGUUCUCAGUGUAGCAUAUGCAAUAUGGAGAGGAAAUGUAGGAUUGCAGUAAGAUCGCUAAACACUGUCAAUUUAGAACUGAUCCAGUUGUUUAAAAAAGCUUGUAAUGUCUCUGUAGACAUCGGCCAAUUCGCAGAUUCGGCAUAUCUUUUUCACAAAAAACCCCCACCUGCACUAAAUGUUUGUACAGACCACCUGAACAGAGAACACUCUUAAUAUUUAAGUGGUGGUGUCAAGGUAUGAAAUAUUUUAUAAGUAAGGAAUGUUCAUUUGACAGUGAACUAUCAUUUACUUUGUGUAGAUAAUCAGUCCAGGCUCACAUAAAGCAGUUUCUGCCUGCGUGUUCUAGAGCUCUGUAACAUAGCUUCUGACAUCGUCUGCUGAGAUUGUCAGUUUUUUCAGUUAGCUUUGUCCACAAUAACCAUUUGCAGCCCAGGGCCAUUUGUCACUUCUUGGUCUUCCAUAUUUGUCUUAUAGAUCGGAUUGGCCACCUUUGAUAAACAUGACUUUGUAUUUAAAAGGCUUACUUCUUAUCAAAACUUUAUUUUCAAACAAAAUGCUCUAUUUCUACUCAUUGUUGAAAAGGUUUGGUCUUAUUGAGGUCAUUUUCAGCAGAAUCUGCCUAACAGCCAUCCAUUAUUUGUGUAACUGCAGAAUAUUGAAAUGUUUUCAUGUCCUAAUAAUAAGUUCUCCUAUUAUUUGCUGUCGUGAUGUAUCAACAGUAAGUGCCCGUGAAAAUCCUCAUAUCCUGUUUAAUAAUGUUCACUUUCAGGAAAUAAAGAUCAUGAGGGGGAUCUAUUCAAGGCCAACCUUACCUAUGCAUUGCUAAAGAAAAAGUAUUGUGUAUUGCUUUUUUAACGCCACUCAUAUAAACCUCAUGACUUCUUUGGGAUAAGAGGAUCUUCCAUGACAUUUGGUAUUGUUGAUUCAUCCUUGUUUUGAUUUGCACAUGUUGUCUGGCUGGUUCAGAUGACAGUUAGUCAGAAAAACUCUUAUUUAAUGUUCAAGAUUAUUUUGAUUAUUUAUGAUACACAGAAUAUCAGUUGUAAGUGGUUUAAAAAACAUCCUCUGGUUUGUGUUGUACUUCCCACAUCACAACUGGCCUUUUGAAGGUUUGUUAAAUUUUUUCUUUUCUAAAGAUGAUUUAAACUGUGAGUUUCUGCUACUGCUGUCAGUUUAUUUCUCUUAAAGAUGGUUCAAUUUGUCAUGUCUUCCCUAUGUUACAUCUGUAAUCAUAUAAAUCUUUUUCAGUAAUUACUUUGAACAUUAUAAAUGAAUAAAUGAAUGAAUAGUUGUUUUUUGAGUGGAUAAGUUAUGCACAACUUGUCCGCCUGAUGAAAGAUUUGUAUACAUCAUGAACUUAAUUUUAUUCUUACAUCCUGUAACAUGGAGAUAUGGUUUUUAUUUUAUUGUUAAAAGCCACUUCUUCAUUAAAAAUGUUUUUCCUUUGCAAGCCUCUCAUCACUCGAUACAAUUAAAAAGAAAAUGAGCCAC